UUUUACUGUAAAAUGUUUUUAGCAACAAAUUGAAAAUAUUUCAUGAUACUUUUAUAAAAAUCCAUAGAAAUGAAAUUUUCAAAACUUGCUUUGAAAAAGACUAAAAAUUAUCAUUAAUAGUCACCAACCUAAUAAACUAAACAACUAUUACUACUUAUUGAUCAUAAUAACAUAGUUAAUGAAGCAUUUUCAUAAUAUUAAUCUGUGGCCUUCUCAAAAAGCUACGUGUAUUACAGGGAUAAGGAAUAAAGAGACCAUAAUGUAAAGUGUUUGCCAGAACAAUCUAAUGCUUUUUCCUCGUUGUCAUUUUUUUUUCUCUCAAAUAAUAACCAAAAAUUUAAACCCCCCAAAAAAAGAACCCAUAAAAAAAAUUCACCCUUUUCUCGUCUCUUCCUCCUUCCUUUCUUCUCUCCAACUCCUUCCUUCUCUUCACGAAAUCACAUCUAAUAAUAAAAUUAAAAAAAAACCCAUAAAGUCUCAAAAGCUUGCUUUGUUAUUGUGCUGUAGUUUGUUUGAGAUCAUGGGAUUCUUCAUGGGUCUCUUUCUUGGGGUUGCAUGUGGGUUGGGUCUUAUGAUGGCCUUCAUCCGCAAAGAGAAUGCUCGAUCCAAGCAGCGCCGUUAUUUGGCAGCUACAGUGGCAGCUUUUGCAAGGAUGACAGUUGCAGAUUCAAAAAAAAUACUUCCACCUCAGUACUACCCUCCAUGGGUUGUUUUUUCCCAGCGCCAGAAGCUGAAGUGGCUUAACCAUGAACUCACAAAAAUCUGGCCUUAUGUCAAUGAGGCAGCAUCUGAGCUCAUAAGAACUUCAGUGGAGCCAAUCCUUGAACAAUAUAGAAUGCCUAUGUUAGCUUCUCUCAACUUCUCCAAGCUAACUCUUGGUACUGUCGCACCACAAUUUACAGGGGUAGCUAUUAUUGAUGAUGAUGAUGAUAGUUCUGGUAUAACCAUGGAAUUGGAGCUGCAAUGGGAUGGGAAUCCAAAUAUUGUCCUUUCUGUUGAAACCAUGCUUGGCGUUGUACUUCCUAUACAGGUCAAGAACGUCGGCCUCACUGGAGUUUUCCGUUUAAUCUUUAAGCCGUUGGUGGAAGAGUUUCCCUGCUUUGGAGCUAUUUCUUAUUCUUUAAGAGAGAAGAAAAACCUAGAUUUUACGCUGAAGGUUAUUGGUGGUGAACUAUCAUCUCUUCCUGGUAUUGCUGAUGCUAUUGAGGAUACUAUACACAAUGCUAUUGAAGAUUCCAUUACCUGGCCUGUACGGAAAAUUGUUCCCAUUUUACCUGGUGAUUAUAGUGACCUAGAGUUGAAACCUGUUGGAGUUUUGGAAGUAAAGCUUGUUCAAGCUAAAGGUUUAGUAAACAAGGAUCUUGUAGGAAAAUCCGAUCCAUUUGCUGUUGUCUAUAUACGUCCACUACCUGAUAGGAUGAAGACUGGCAAAACAAUUAACAAUGAAUUGAAUCCUAUUUGGAAUGAACACUUUGAGUUCAUAGUUGAAGAUGUGUCAACCCAACGUUUGAUCGUCAAGGUUUAUGAUGAUGAAGGGGUACAAGCAUCUGAACUUAUUGGUAUGGCUCAAUUUAAGUUGCAAGAACUUCAGCCUGGGAAAGUGAAGGUUGUUUGGCUGAAGCUUGUUAAAGAUUUAGAAAUUCAGAGAGACAGGAAAGACAGGGGCCAGGUACAUCUAGAGCUUCUGUACUGCCCUUUUGGCAUGGAAAAUGAAUUUACUAAUCCUUUCAUCAAUAAAAAGCUUUCUCUUACGACUUUGGAAAAAACUAUGAAGAGUGAGAUUGAUGGUGCUGAGACUGCUGAGAUCGAAAAGACAUUAACUCAUAGAAAAAAAGAGGUCAUUGUAAGAGGAGUGCUUUCCGUGACAAUUAUAGCUGCCGAGGAAUUGCCUGUGAUGGAUGUUAUGGGAAAGGCAGACCCUUUUGUUGUGAUCACUAUGAAAAAAUCGGGAACAAAGAACAAAACAAGGGUUUUACAUGAUACCUUGCAUCCAGUAUGGAAUCAGACUUUCGACAUAGUGGUGGAAGAUGGGCUACAUGAUCUGCUUAUUUUGGAAGUCUGGGACCAUGACACUUUUGGAAAGAAUUUUAUCGGACGAUGCAUCAUGACCUUAACCAGGGUAAUUCUGGAGGGUGAGGUCAAAGAAAGCUUUCCAUUAGACGGAGCUAAAUCAGGAAAACUGUUUGUGAAUCUCAAAUGGACAGCACAGCCAAUUUUCCGAGACCCAUAAAAGUUGGUUACAAAAAGUUCAUGAUUUACUUUUUCUACUGGACUCGUCAUAUAAUGUUGUACAUUUUCGAGCCAUAAAGAAGAUUUCGAGCUACAAACAGGAGAAAAGUCUAUCGGCAAUCAAUAUGCUGUGGAUACUGACCAAGUCGGCGAAUGUGAUGACAAGUUUGAUACUUUGAGAGUCAUUUUAUUUUUCAUUGAUUUGUUAUGUGGUCUUUUUUACCAUAUUUUCUAGUUCAUUCUUUGAUUUGUUGGUACUUGUCUUUGAUCACAAAUGUAAAUGGCACAGAUAGAUUUUAGUUCUAUAUAAUGCGAGAGGGCAGUGUGUAUUAUUUGUAUAUAUUAUCGUUUGCAUGAAAUAUAUUCGUUGAUCAUUGGCCUUUC